CAGAUAUAGAAACAAAUAUUUUCCCCUUUCUGCAAUGGAAACUUUCCUGCUUCUGCUUCUUGAUUUUGUGCAUAUCAUUCCGCACACUUUCGAAGUUUCCUCAAAAAUGGGAAGCUCAUGGCCUUCAUCAGCCUUCUAAUCAUCUCCUUCCACUCCAUCCUUAAUCUUUGCAAUGUCUUCUCCAUCAAACCCCUGAUUUCUGACUUGUACCUCAAGCAAAGCUUAAUGCCCCUUACAACCCCUGGAACCCCAGAAUUUUUCAACCUCGUCCUCAAUCUAUACAAGGAUGUCAAGCUCUUCCUCGGAGUAGAAUUGAUCUUCAUUCUCAUCAGCUCAGCUGCCUCCUCCUUUUUCGCCAUUGCCACCACCUACACAGCCGCCGCCACUCACAGUGGCAAAAAAUUGUCCAUCAAGGCUUUGACAUCAAUUACUGUAAGCAUAAUUCUCCUGCUGCUAGUCCUUUUAGUCAUUACUUCAAAAGCUUUAGCUAUAACCCUUGCUGUUCUAUUUCUAAUCUUCUAUGCUUACUUAGCUGUUGUUUGGGAUCUAUCCUUUGUGGUUUCGGUUUUUGAAGAGAAGUCUGAGAUUGAGGCACUUGGAAAGGCUGCAAAUAUUGUCAAGGGCAUGCAGCUCCAAGGGUUUGUUUUGAAUCUUGGGAUAAUGGUGUUGUCUUUAGUUUUGUCCCUUAGUUGGAAAUUGAUGACCAAGCAAACCGCAGAGAUGCAAGUUAUUGUUGGAAUUGUUGCGCUAAAUUCCAUAUGUUUGGUGCUGAACAUGUUUGAGUACAUGGCAUUAACAGAUAUGUACUACCAAUGUAAAAGGAAUCAUGGAGAAGUGGUGGAGCUGAAAGGAACAGUGGAAUACAACGAAGUAUCAUCUUCCCCACUUAUUGCUGUGUGACAACUGCAUAGUUCUUUAUGUUUUUUCUAAAGGAAGUUUUCACACAGGACACACAGAGCCGUGAUAAACAGAAGCAUGGUAUAAUUGGAUUUACAGAGUCAAAAAAUUAAAGUUACAAUAGAAGGAAGCACCUCCCUGUGAAUCAGAGUUACAGACAGAACAUGUAAAGAAUCUUGAAAGAACUUACAAAUUGAUGAAUGAAAAUAUGAAUGGAGU